CCCCCUUCUCACCGCCCGUGUUUCCCGCAGGAGUCUGCUGCUGCUGCGCCGCCCUGCGCCCGCGAUACAAGCGCCUGGUGGACAACAUCUUCCCCGAGGACCCCAAAGAUGGCCUGGUCAAAUCGGACAUGGAGAAGCUGACCUUCUACGCGGUCUCUGCCCCAGAGAAGCUGGAUCGGAUUGGCGCCUACUUGGCGGAAAGGCUGAGCCGGGAUGUCAUCCGCCAUCGCUACGGGUAUGUCUUCAUUGCAAUGGAGGCCCUGGACCAGCUGCUCAUGGCCUGCCACUCGCAGAGCAUCAAGCCCUUCGUGGAGAGCUUCCUGCACAUGGUGGCCAAACUGCUGGAGUCCGGAGACCCCGAAUUACAAGUCCUGGGAACCAACUCCUUUGUCAAGUUUGCAAACAUUGAGGAAGAUACGCCUUCCUAUCAUCGCCGCUACGACUUCUUCGUGUCCCGCUUCAGUGCCAUGUGCCACUCCUGCCACGACGAUCCGGAAAUACGGAACGAGAUCCGGAUCGCUGGCAUCAGGGGCAUCCAGGGAGUUGUGCGGAAGACUGUAAAUGAUGAGCUGCGGGCCACCAUCUGGGAGCCUCAGCACAUGGACAAGAUCGUCCCCUCCCUGCUUUUCAACAUGCAGAAGACAGAAGACCCUGAUGGUCGAAUUGGACCACCAGCCUCUCCAUCAGGUGAGAAAGAGGAGAAUCCUGCUGUCUUGGCCGAGAACUGCUUCCGAGAACUGCUGGGCCGUGCGACCUAUGGGAACAUGAGCAACGCCGUCAGGCCGGUCUUCGCACAUUUAGGCCAUCACAAACUCUGGGACCCAAAUGAAUUUGCCGUCCAUUGCUUUAAGGUCAUCAUGUACUCCAUCCAGGCCCAAUACUCGCACCACGUGAUACAGGAGAUCCUGGCACACCUGGACAGCUGCAAGCGAGACUCUCCCCGCGUUCGAGCUGGGAUCAUCCAAGUCCUGCUGGAGGCGGUGGCCAUCGCGGCCAAGGGAUCCAUCGGACCCACCGUCCUGGAGGUUUUCAACACCCUGCUGAAGCACCUGAGCCUGAGUGUGGAUUUUGAACUGGGCAACACGAGGGGCAAUCACGGCCACGCUGCCCUCGCGGCCCCCUCUAAGGACAACGACGAGCGCAUAGUCCAGAACGCCAUCAUUCAGACCAUCGGUUUCUUCGGAAGCAACUUGCCCGACUACCAGCGGUCAGAGAUCAUGAUGUUCGUCAUGGGGAAAGUCCCCGUCUUUGGGGUGACCUCCCACACCAUGGACACCAGCGAGCUUGGGGAUUUGGGAACCAGGAGGAUUCAAAUCAUGCUGCUGCGGUCGUUGCUGAUGGUGACCUCCGGCUACAACGCGAAGAGUAUCGCCUCGGUCCUCUCAGCGCCUUUCCUGGACCCUCUGCUGUCCACCUCCCUCAUGGAGGACUCCGAGCUGCGGCAGCUGGUCUUGGAAAUCCUACACAACCUGAUUGACCGGCACGACAACAGAGCAAAGCUUCGAGGGAUACGAAUCAUCCCGGACGUGUCUGAUCUGAAGAUAAAGCGAGACAAGAUUUCCCGGCAAGACGUGAGCUUUAUGAAGAAGCAUGCCCAGCAGCUGUACCGACACGUCUACUUGGGUUGCAAAGAAGACGACAAUGUCCACAAGAAUUUUGAGCUGCUCUACACAUCGCUGGCCCUGAUCACCAUCGAGCUGGCCAACGAAGAAGUGGUCCUGGACCUCAUCCGCCUGGCCAUCGCCCUGCAGGACAUCGCCAUUCUUAACGAGGACAGCCUCUCGAUGUUCAACCGGUGCAGCAUCAUGGGGCUGGUCGCCGCGUACCUCAACUUCCUGAGCCAGAUGAUCGCCAUCCCGGCCUUCUGCCAGCACAUCAGCAAGGUGAUUGAAACCAGAACAGUGGAAGCUCCCUACUUUUUGCCGGAAACCAUCCUUCGAGAUAAGUCCAGCAUUCCCCUGAACUUUGAUAAGGACGACAAGAGCUUGUUCUUCCUGACUCACAAGAUUGUGGAAUCCUUAGGCGGCAGCGGCUACAGCGUGGAAAGGCUGUCGGUGCCUUACGUGCCCCAGGUGACAGAUGAGGACAGGCUGUCACGAAGGAAGAGUAUCGUGGACACCGUGUCCAUUCAGGUGGACAUCCUUCCUGGAAACGGCGCAGAAGAUAAGGUUAACAGCAUGGAGGAAAUUACCUUUGAAGCACUGAAGAAGGCGAUAGAUAACACCGGCCUUGAAGAGCAGGAGAAGGAGAAAAGGCGCCUGGUCAUUGAGAAGUUUCAGAAAGCUCCCUUUGAAGAGAUCGCAGCACAGUGCGAGACCAAGGCAAACCUCCUCCAUGACCGACUGGCUCAGAUCCUGGAGCUCACCAUUCGGCCCCCUCCCAGUCCUUCGGGGACCCUGACCAUCACGGCCGGCUGCCCCCAUUACCAAUCUGUUCCCGUCUAUGAGAUGAAGUUUCCGGAUCUUUGUGUGUAUUGAGGGUCCUCUACUGGGAAUUAUUUUAGUCUUAAGAGCACACACUGUGUAGAGCCCAGAAGGAGUUCCUCGCUCUCUUCACUCUUUGCCGCAAUUUAAUCGAGUUUUCAAAAACGGCCAUGAACACGAAGGGCAGUUAGGCUGGGAUUGCACGCUAUUCUCGAAGCUGUUGCGAAGAAAAAUGAAAAGCAGAAGACGAUUUAUUUUUGGGCAGCUGGUUUUACCGUUUGGAAAUAAGAUCGUGCUUAGGUUUAUCAUUCCACUUUGUCCAGAAGUGACAAUGCUAAUUAUCCAAUUCUGGGCUGGCUCGUUUCCCAUCAAAACCUUUUCCAUAAUGUAAAUCUUGAGCACCUUAAACAAUAUGAGGUGGGCACUUUGCUAUCAUUAACUAAAGGAUGAUGCUAAAUACUAAGCCACGUUGAAGAACUGGCAUGUGCCCACAGUAGUUAAUCUGAAUCCUAGUUUUGCUUUCUCAAAAUUCUGUGCUUCUGCAAAUAGUGGUCACAUGCACUGUUCUGAUAAAAAAGCCUCAUUUUGAGCUUUAAAGCCUGCAGUAUUUUUUCAUCUUAAAAAAAAAUGUCUAGUCUAAAGCUCAUACUUUGGGGGAAAAGUGUAUUUUUGCUGCACAGUGGUAUAUAGAUGAUAUAUAUUUCGUAUAGCACAAGACAUUAAGGGCAUUUUAAAAUGAGAGGGUUUUUCAAAACACAUUUCUGAAAUUGUAAUAGAAGAGUUGGUUAUUCUAUGAACUAUUUCUCUCUGUAAUAUAGCGAUGAUAGUGAUAUUUUAUUAAUUGAAAAACAAAAAAUAUGGAUGGCACCCCUAGGCAACUUAGAAUUUUUACUGCUUCCCUUCUUUUUCAUCUGCCAACUGCCAUGUCCCUCCUUGAGGCCUCCUGGUCAAGAUAUCCCCACUUUCUGAUGCCUUUUCAUUAGCACCCAUUGCACAACGGGGUGGACUUUAAAUGUUUAGCUGGCAAGCUUUGGCAAUUUAACAUGUACUGUAGUUGCCAGCUUGCUGAGGGGGGUGAUUGAUAUGUUUGGCCCGGGGACACGAAUUGGGGAGAAGUCCUAGGGAAUUUAUAUAUUUUUUUAAUUUUUUGGCCAGCCUGUUAAAAGAGCCGAACUCUGAAUGUGCUCACUGUAACCAAGGCCUCUUUUUCAGUUUGACGGCACAAUCACAGCUCUUAGAGGAGGACGAAACCGCCUCUCUGGUGCAGCAUCCCCCUGUGAUUGCAGCUGCUCCGGCCUGCUCAGACGAGAGGCAGCGCCCCCCUCCCUUGGCACCCUUAGCUCCCCCUUUUUGGUUUUGGAAGGUAAGCUGUAUGGGCGUCUGAUGUCAUCCGAGGGGCGUCUUCCCGAAGAGCAAAAAACCAAGGGAAGGCCCCUCUGUCUUUUUCCAAACUGUGGCUGCUUACACGCCAGCCCUGAAGGGAAGGCCAAAUGCUCUGCCAUGUUCACCCCAUGCCGUCUGUGACCGGUCCUGCUGUCCGUCCAGCCGCUUCCCCCACUGCUCUGCAUGCAACAGACGCCUGGCCUUUCAUGCCUCAUCUGCUGGGCUGCCUCCAUCUUUUGUUGUUGUAUUCCACGGUGGAACUGCGACAUUUCCACAACUCUCGUGGCUCUUGUGUAGCGUCUAGCGGGGCGGGGGAAACAUGCAAAAAGGGAAGUGGUCAGAUUUUGAGGACAGGCUGCCUCCUGGGUCUGAAGGCACUCCUUGCGUGGUGCAUUGUGCUGGUGUGGAAAAGCGCCAUCCUCCUACGUAGACGGUGGUCCAGGAAGCCCACGAAGCCACGUUGCUGAUUCUGUAACAAUCCCCUCGCGCUCCAAAAACACCCGAUACAAAGGCCUGCGUAUUGAUCACCUGUGCUCGUGGCCGUGUUGGUGUCGUUCGAAUGUUUUUGUCCCUCAAAAGUCCUGCUGGUAGUUUUAGGCAGGCCAGCCUGUUCCUUAGCAUUUCAGUUGUUCCGUUUGAAAGAAUGUAUAGCUUUCCAUUGGCGUUUUAACGCAAAAAAUGAAAAUUGCUCUACUGCAGAGGACUGUCGUUAACAACUGGAUUGCCUAUUUCACCAAAGCUUCAGUAGAUCAAUAGAUUUCUGCACACUCUGUAACAAGCUGUUCGGUUAAAUGUAAGAACACUGUGCAAAUCCACUUGUAAGCAAUAAAAUUUACAUAAAGGAAGAAUCACAAAAUA